GUUAUAUAAGACUUGCUCGCUGAAUUUCGACAAAAUGAUAGUUUUGAUACAGGCAUUCGAGUAAGAAAAACGUUAUACUUGCUACCUUUUAAUUGUAAACGAAGGCAGGUAGACUUAAAAAUAGACUCGACUUUACGCGCGUGUUUGUGGUGGAGACACGUUGACCGGUGAUGGAGUGGCGACCGCAGUCUACUGUGGACUAUGAGACUGUUUACUCAGAAGCACAGAGAUGGAUUGAGGCAGUCACUAAGAAGAAGUUUGGGAACAGUAAUUUCCGUAGUUCUCUGGAGAAUGGACUACUGUUGUGUGAUCUGAUCAACAAGAUCAAACCUGGCAUCAUCAAGAAACUAAACAGAUUUUCCACACCUAUUGCUGGCCUGGACAACAUCAACCUCUUCCUAAAAGCCUGCGCUAAGCUUGGACUAAAAGAAGCACAGCUUUUCCACCCAGGAGACCUGCAAGACUUAUCCACACGUGUGACUGUCAAGCACCAGGAGAGCAGCAGGAGGCUCAAAAAUGUUCUAAUCACCAUAUAUUGGUUGGGCAGAAAGGCACAUGCUGAUCCAUUUUAUAAUGGACCUUACCUAAAACUGAAGGCUUUCGAGGGAUUACUUGGCACCACACUAUAUAAGGCUCUAGAGGAUUGCACAUCACUGCGGGCCAGUGUGCCAAACCGCUCUUAUCCAGAUAGCUGGUACUCAGAGAGAGAAGAGCUCUUCCCGCUGCGGGCCGGACACAGGAGAGAAGACUCUCUAGACAGCCUCAAUUCGCUGGGCUCCAGGACCUAUAGCACAUCCUCAGACGCCACACUCAAAGGCAGCAGCGAGGGUUGUGGCAGUGACCCUGAAGCAGAUCUGAGCUUCACCAUGGCAGACAAUAAGGAGUACCGCCGUUCACAGGUCAUAGCACCUAAGACUACUACUCAGUUCAAUCAGUUUCUCCCAUCACGGGACAAGCAGUCCGGCUAUGUUCCAGCACCAUUACGCAAGAAACGUGCAGAGCGAAAUGAAGACAGCAGAAGAAGCUGGGCAAGCCCUAUGUUCACAGAAGAUGACGGCACUUUCACUAGUCCCAGUCCUGAAAUGGCAGGUUCAGACUCUUCAUCUUUGACCGGGUUGAAAUCUCAGACAGCAGCCCACCAGGCUUCAGUUUAUGAGUAUGAGAGCAGUGAUUCAGAUGCAGAUCGACCGGAUCCUGAUGUGGUUCUAGAUGACCUCGCUAGUCGUAGAUUUCACAGCCCUUCUCCUGUCGCUCCGACCAACUUUGCCUUACCCAUGAGCCCACUGGAGGCAACUGCUGUCCCAUGCACCACCAGACCCCAUGUGCUCAUCAGUAAUGUGCCCCGGCAGACAAUGACCCAUCUCAGCAGUCAGUCACAGUCUCUUCAGAGGACUUACAGGAGGCCAGAAUCUGCCGAUGUCUGCAUUUAUGAUGACUCUGAGGAGGAGGACGAUGAGUUUGGCUAUGCCGAUCCUGUUCAAGAUGACCUUUAUGCCCGUAAAGUAGGCCUGAUGCCUCAACUGUCUGCCUCGGUGCCUUUUGAUAAAUUUCUGCCCAAAUUCUGGACACCUGAGGAGGAUGCGCACAUCAACAAGAUCAAACUGGGUUCCCAGCGUCGGCCUUGGUACAGGAAGAUCCAGGGUUUCAGCCACAAGAAGUCAGGUUCGUCCUCGGAAGAAUCAGACGGUGACGUCAAUCCCUGGCCUUCUGUUCCCACUUUCUCCCGCACUCAGUCUGAACCCCCUCGCUCUCACUCCCAUUCACCCGAAGGCCUUGCCCUGCCAAGCCUCACUUCUACACACAGUUCUCAAACACAACCCCUCACUGUUGCUCAGCAGAUUGUCGGGCUGCCUAAAUUUGAGCCACCUGAUUUUUGGCCCAGUCCAGAUCCCUCCUCUGGCCCCAGACUCAUAAAAUGUGAAAAGCAUCCACUCCUUGGACGAGAACAUCCUAAUGACCCGUACAACGUUUCUGCCGACAUCCUGCCUGAUUUGGAAAAUGAUGAUAUGUUUACACGGCGCACAAAUGCCUUCCACUCGAGCGAUGACCUGGCCAAGCUGAAGUAUGGAAACUUCCUUGUGCCUCGCCGUAGAUCAGAGGCAGAUGUCACGGUGGUAAUUCAGCCUCAUCACGAGGGCGAACCCGUGUAUCCUGACAUUGAAAAAGACGAUGUGGUUUCUAGAAAAGUUCAACAGCAAAUCAGCCAUCGCCCUCUGUCCGGGGCCCCUGAUAACUACCACCCUGUUCCUAUUCCAGAAACAUGGGCUUUACCACCUAAACUGCAGGCCAAGCUGAUGAGUGACCCAACUGAACCCAGACAGAGCAGACCCAAAGCGGAGUUGAAACCGCAUCUGAAAACAGACGAUAUGCUGCUUAGGAAGCUGAGAGCUUUAAAUACCCAAGGAACGGAGGGCAGGAAAGCUGCCGGUGUUUCUUUGUCUUGCAGUGAGGAUGAUAUGCAGAAAUGGCAGGCCAUCAGAGAGGCCAGUCGAGUGCGUUACCGGAAGAGGCUGAUGGUGGAGAGACUUUUCCAGAAAAACUCUGAUAGUGAAGGGAGCAAAUCAGUGAGCGACAUUACAGAAAGUGAGAUGAGCAACUCUACGAUGGAGUUGCGUCUUGAGGAGCUGCAGAAGAUGCGUAACCGUUUGAAGGAGAGUGAGGAUAAGUGGCAAGAUGAUCUUUCAAGGUGGAAGAGUAAGCGCAGGAGUGUCAAUUCUGACAUUGUCAAGAAGAAAGAGGAGCGAGAGCAGAUCGAGCAGAUCACUUCAGUUGGCACCAGGAAAUCAAAAACCUUCAAGGAGAUGCAGGAUGAGAGAGAGAGCAGAGGGCAAAGCAACUUAAGGGACAGCUUUAACUCCAUCGUUGAUGAUGUCUUUGAAGAUCCUGUUCCCCGAAGCAGAACUCUGCCCCCACGUAGCUACACCAUUGACACUCCUUACACAGCCACAGACAAACCCUUUGUACCCUCCAUACCGUCACUCAGAGAAAAGGAACCUGUGGCUGGAACCCUGGCAUCAGAUCAGACAGAUUUAUCCACCAAACCUGCUCGUGCCAGUCCUGAUAUCCCAGAUAAAAUUAAUAAUAGCAAUCAGAUGAGCCAAACAACGACCCAAAGUCUUCUGGACGAUCCCGUUCCUGCUUUUUCCAACAGCAGCACUAGCCUGAUUAAGCCAGCCAGUGCCACCAAGCCCACCAGCAGCACUAAACCCAACAUCUCGGAGUUUAUAAGCAACACUAAGCCAGCUGAAAGCUCCAGUGACGCCAUUAGCUCAUUGUAUAAGCCCAAUUCAAUGGAUACAAAGCCGUCUGGGCUGGAUCAGGUUUCUGCCUCCCUCCCGAAGAUCUACCAGAGAUCAGAUAGUGCAAGACUCACCUCUGUAGUCAUGCCCAGGCCAUUCGGCACACAGUCCAACAGAAUUGCCUCCCUUCCCAGAGCGUUCACGAUGGAUGACUCUGUUAAACGCACAAAUGGAGAGAGCAACAGCCUUAAGAAAACGGCAGUUCAAAACCGCUAUGCUCAGUACAUGACAGAUGAAGACAAGUCCCAGCAAACCCCUGAUCACAGCAGCGAAGAAGAGGAAGUGGAGAGAACCCAAUCUCCUGUCCCUCCGGUCAACAGGGUAUCCCCCUUGCCCAAAUCUACAUCCCCACUCAACCCUCCCAAUGAGGUGGGCUACAAUGAGAUGAGGAUCAGCCUGAACCAGAAGCCCAACAGCAGUCGAGACUUCGGCUUCCAGCAUGACUGGGACUCCACAGGUGUCCGUGUCAAAUCUGUUGCUCCGGGCAGCCCAGCAGAGUUUGGUCAAGUGCAGGCUGGAGAUGAGAUCCUAACAGUGAAUGGACACAGGGUGGCAGACAUGAGCUACAGUGAGUGGAAGAACAGUAUGGAGGAGGCCCUGCAGCAGGGCAGUCUACUUAUGGACAUCCGCAGACAGGGAAAGAACAACUGGGGCAGAGACCUACCUUCCCUUCCAUAUAAAAGCCAUAAGACCAUCAAUCUGACCAGUCUGGAUCCUCUAGGUCCCUCCGAGCCAUAUCACACCACCAGCCUGGACUUCACAUCCCAACAAUCCAAGGACGCCGUUGUGAAAUCUGUCAACGUCAGCUCACAGCCAGCUUAUAAUCAUGGCUCAAAUGGGAUUAAUGGUGCUUUCCGUGAGGAUUCAGAGAGUGUGAAUAAUAAAGAAUCCAUUUCUUUGAAAAACUUAAAAAGGAGAUCAGAGUUUUUUGAACAAGGUGGAUCUGAAACACCGAUUUUAAAUGUUCCAGUGCCCUCCAUCACUGCAUCCACUACACGCUGGUCCUGGGACCCAGAAGAAGAGCGCAAGCGACAGGAGAAGUGGCAGAAAGAGCAGGAUCGUUUGCUGAAGGAGAAGUACAAAAAAGACCAAGAAAAACUUGACGAGGAGUGGAAAAAGGCACAGCAGGAGCUUAACAAGGAGAACUUCAAAAAUGAUGAGGAGCUGAACAGACACUCUCUGUCCACCAUCAGACAACCUACUGUUUCAUGGGAAGAGCAGAAUGCCUCCAAACUGGCCCAAAUAGAAGAAGACAAAAAGAAAAGACAAGAGGAGAUGCAGCGUUUAGAGGAAGAGAGGAGAAAACGAGAGGAAGAGAUGCUGCGUUUACAGGAAGAGAGGAGGAAACAGGAGGAACAACAGCGUCUUGAGGAGGAGAAGAGGAAGAAAGAAGAAGAGGAAAGGAAGAAACAAAUAGAGGAGAAGCAGCGUUUAGAGGAGGAGAGGAGGAGGAGAGAGGAACAACAGCGUCUGGAGGAACUGAGGAGGAAGAGGGAAGAGGAACAGCGCCUCCUUCAGGAGAAAGAGCGGAACAGAAGAGAGGAGGAGAAGAAGAGAUUUCAGGAGCAAGAUAAGGUGGACUCCUUUUGCUAUACCAAUGUUUACCCUGAAUUAUCCUACUCACACAGGUCCAUUUCCAAAUCUACCCCAGAACUUGAUGAAGUUGCAAAAACAGAUAUUAAAGCAAGCGGUGGUCUGAGUGAGGUCAACAGGGACUAUCAGAAAGAGCCUCUAACUCAGUCUGAGCUGGAGAGGCAGCAGAUCCUUCAGGAAAUGAGGAAGAAAACUUCCCUGAACACAGACAACAGCUGGAUUCGCCAGAGCACUUCUAGUGUCCCUGCCAAAGAGCCAAUCGAUCUACCCAUAAGAAGAGGUGAGUCUCUUGACAACCUUGAUGAGCCUCGUUCCUCCUGGAGAUCAUCAUGGAGCACGUCAAACAGCACCUCGUCCAUACCAGACUAUAGCCGGCCACAUUCAGCCCUCUCUGGCUCCACAUUGCAGCCGGCUGGACGUCCAGGCUCUGCCACUAUGCAGGCAUCUCAAUCCAUGAGCUCUCUCAGGCAGUCCACUUCCACACCUGCAAACCCACCAGAGCCUCGAGCUCCACAGAGAAACAGGUCAGUGAGUGGCAGGAAAAUCUGUUCAUUCUGUGAUACACCGCUGGGCAAAGGAGCAGCCAUGAUCAUCGAGUCCCUGGGGCUUUGUUAUCAUUUGACUUGUUUCAAGUGUUCUGACUGCAGGUCUGAUCUGGGAGGCUCACAAGCAGGAGCAGAAGUCAGAAUACGAAACCAGCAGCUCUAUUGUAACGUCUGCUAUAUGCGGCUCAAAACUGGGCAGCCCACAGCCAUGUGAUCUCGCUGUACUGCAGCAGAUCCAGGAGGAACCAAUCACAGACAAGGAACUAUUAACGCUCAAGAUUGAUGAAUACUAGGGGAUUUCACCAGCCUUGAUUAUUCAGCGUGCUUCUGUUCUUCUUCUCUUUUUUUACAGAGAUUCCUAAGGUUGUUUAUUUGAAUUUAAGUAUUAGUAAUUGUUUGUACAAAAAAGAAAUGCAUGUACCUGAAAAUAUGAGCUAUGCAUUUUGAAAUGUACACAGGCUUGUUUUUUGAGCAUUCAUAAUUCAUCCACUGUCUUUUGGAAAUUCUUUUUGAUUUCUGGCUGUUUAAGUGAUGUCUGUACGGCCCAAAAAGUGUUUAUAGGAAUUAUUAGAGAUAUGCUAUUUUAAUUUUUAAUGCUUAUAGUAUAUAGGUUUCUCCUGCAGUUUGUGCUAUAUAAGGGUUUGUUGACUAAAAUAUCCUGUUAUUCCAUUUCAUCUGUGCCUUUUUGUGUUCUGGUGGGGAAAGAUGAUUAAGGAUAAAUCCAUUAAGAAUUUAAGAGUGGCACGGUUAGUAAGCAGCGCUCAUGAGAUAUACAUAUUGCAUUGGUAGCACCUAUUUUAUGCAAUGUCUCUGCAAGGGGGAAGAUGGAUCUAGAACAAAAGCAGCAUAUUUAGUAAUAAUUGUAAAUAAAAUUGCCAAACUAUAA